CAGAAAUAGUGCAACCAUUUCGACAGUUCGGCAUAGUGCACCGCUUCUUGGGCCGAGUGCAUGAAAUUCAGUAAUAGUGCACACGGCUCCGAAACAGUGCAAGCAAUUUAAAAGAGAAUGCAUUCAUUUUCAGUAGUUGCGAUUUCAGUUUCGCCAGAGUGCAUUGCUUCGUCAUAUGCAUUGGUAUUCGGCGUACCGCAAAGCAAUUUAGUUAACCUUCAAGCGAAUUCGGUGCCCCAUCUAGAAAAUAUUUUUGACAACGCUCUUGCUGUUCAUCAAGUGUAGCGUGGUGCUGUUCAAACAAGCUGCUAAUGAAAUUUUACUAAAUUAUUGAAAUUUUACUGCUAAUGAAAAUAAUGAGAUUUUAAUGAAUGUAAUGAAAAGGCCCAAUUUAGGCGGCAGUGCACACAUUUCAAAAAUAGUGCAGGCGAUUUCGACAGUACGGCAUAGUGCAUUGAUAUAUUGAAUCGCGGCACGAUAUUCGCCAUAUUGCAGCCAUUUCGUCAUAGUGCAGGUUUAAAGUGACCCAGGUUCAGGCAUAUUAGACAUAUCGCACAUUAUUCGUCAGAUCGUUUCAAUUUCGGGGUCCCGCAUGUAAUUUAGGCACUGUUCAGUAACACGGCAUUGCAUAAAUAAGUAAUAACAAUUUUUAUUUGACAUUUCACGCUACCUGAGCCUCCAAUGACACUCGUAGUCAGUCAGCAACGCAAAAAAGUCAAGUAGCCAGCUGCACUGCUCUGGAUGCAAAAGGUAGAGGGUAUUUAAUGUUUCAUCUGGGUGCCUUAGCUUCAAUCAUAUAAGACAUAGUGCACAUAAUUCGUCGGGUGCUUAUAUAUUCGGCAUGAGCAAUAUUUUUUCAGCUUUGUUCAAUCAAAUUCGCUAUGAUGCUGAAAGGCGAUAACAAGAAUCCAUAGCAUUUCUGAUCUUUUUGAACCAGCAACGAAGUUAUGCACCCGAUUCAGAAGCCCUGAAUGCCACGUGACCGCCACUCGACCGUGUCACCGAGUUCUUAGAGCGAGACUAAUGAUAAGUUAAUUCCUGAGAGCUGAAACUGCAUUUGAGCAGGUUUUUGACCAAGAUUCACGCUACUCUUGACAGGCAGAUAGGGGCUUUCAAAAAUAUUUUCCCAAUCCAGCAGCGAAUUCACUUGAACAUCGCCUAAAUCGCUCUGCUGGACGCCGACUAUCAGGCCACAUGACGAAACCGUGCACUAUGACGAAAUUGAACCUACGGCUCAUUGAAUUUGAACGCACCAUCUUCUAAAUUGAUUGCUCUUCAUUUGAAACGUGUGCACUAUUACCGAAUAUCAUGCACUUGGCCGAACUAGAGGUGCGCUAUGCCGAACUGUCGAAAUCGGUUGCACUAUUAUACUGAACUGUGUGCACUAUUUCUAUAUUUGGCCGUAAAAAGGUGUAGCGCAUUUCACGUUCACGAUUUAUACCGUGCUGGAUUUAUUUGAACGUUGCCGUAAGCACAUGCCGUAUGUCGAAAUUGAAUUAACCUGACGAAUUAUUAUUUGCACUAAGUCCAAUAUGUCUGAACCUGAGCCACUUUUAACUGCACUAUGACGGAGUGGGGUGCACAAUGACGAAUAUCGUGCCGCGAUUCAAUAUAUGAAGGCACUAUGCCGAACCGUCGAAAUCACCUGCACUAUUACUGAAAUGUGUGCACUUCCGCCUAAAUUGGGCGUAAAAAGCAGUCAGCACUUCCCAGUCUCUGAGCCGAGCCAUGCUGAGCGCUGCUGGUCGGGGCCGCGGCCGGGCCGCGCUGCUGGAGAACGGUCCACCGGCACCACUGCGCCGACCACGCGAGCGCACCAGCAAUGCAGCCGGGGGAGCGGCUGGGGGUGCUGGAGAGCCGGCGCUGCCACAGCCGCAGCAGCUGAGACGGCCGGGAGCGCCGCCCGCAGCCGCCGCGACCGCGGCGCAUGGCGUGCCGGAGCCGGCACCGCUCCCCGUCACCAGGCCAGCUGAGACGGUGCCCGGCCUGAACCCGCACAGCGUGCCGUUCGUGCCGGCGGCGCCCUCUUUAGAAGGCACAAUCUCCACGCCGGACUUCUCCGAGUGGGAGUCCGACUCUGAGGCGGAGUCGUAUACCGUGGCAGAGUCAGAGUCAGUCGAGGUGAACUCGGCGCUGGUGACGGAGGUGCCGCCGCCGCAGGACCCCUAUCAGAGCAUGAUCUACAAUAACCUCGCCGAGACUCUGUGGAGCAUGGCCUGUGUUCCAGCGAGUUUUGACCGGCAGGGCAGUGUUCUGGUGGAGAAUCUGAACGGGUGGCUGCCCUCAUCUGGCAUUCCACUAUCAACUGUACUCGACUUCAUGUUGAACCAGGUGGCGUACGUACCGUCGUUUCGUUACGUAUGCGCCAAGCUGUGUCACCUGAUGUGCUCUCGGUGUCGGGUCACCCAGGAGGGGCGCUCCUUCAGAGACCUACUGCUCAGCAGGUGCCAGUCUCUGUACCAGAACGCCUCCUCUCUACUAACCGAGAACGUGCAGUUCUUCUGCGACCUGACGGUGCUGUUCUGCGAGCUGUACCUGCACGUGCGUCUGGCCGGCGGCGAGGAGCCGAUCGCCGUGCUCGGCUCGGCCGUGCUGGGUCUGUGCGGCCAGCUCCUGGACGAUGUCACCCCGGAGCGGGUCACCACAGUGUGCCGGGCGCUCAAACUGACCGGAGCGGCGCUGGAGCGCCAGGUGGCGCCCGCGCUGGACGCUCUCAUGGAGCGGGUGCGCGGGGCGGCGUUUGAUGGAAGACUGCCGCGCGAUCAGAGGCACGCGCUGCUGGAGUUAACCACACUCCGUGCGGCGCAUUGGGGCGGCGGCGAGCGGCCGGCAGCCGCGGCGGCACAGGCGGGACUCGCAGCGGCUGAGGCCAGCCGGCCACUGCAGGGCUACCUGCCGGCCGACCCCACCUCGGCUCUCUCCUCUGAGGAGCAGCUCUUCUUGGAGCGGCAGCUGCAGGCUGUCGACGACGACGACGACGACGAAGUCGACGAUGCUUACGACGCCUUCCUGGAGGAGCUGGAUCGUCGGCGCUGAGCUGGCGUCGCUCCGUACUCUUGGAAGUGAAUCGAAACAUGACGUGUGAAAUUGUUUGUGAUGUUACAAUCAAACGAAGACAACUUGUGAGUUGCGUGAAACUGAGUAGUGCGCUGUGCUUCAAGAAGAAUGUCAUUCCCCGGGCAUUAGACUUCUUGAAGGUGACGCCCGAGUGUGCAAUGACAAAAGAUGUGUAGCGGUAACAAAUGGGUGUCCAUUCCAAAGGCAUUCAUCAGUGGCUCGUCGUCCUCUUGAUUUAGUGAUAGGCGAUAGCGAGGUCGCUGAUCUAUUUGGGAUGAGGCUCACCCUGUGAGGUUUGGGUGAGUAUGUCUUAGAAACUUUGUUAAGCUGGCCAUCCGACGUCAUAACAGUAAGCUUCUGAGUACAUGAUCAGUGUUCGUAUCAUCCAGUGUUGCUUCAGUUCGUCUCAUCAAUGGGUGCAUUUUCAUACUGUGGUAAGAGCAGGUAACAGUCUGUUCCAAUCUUGCCACGGCGUUCCCACCAUAUUCUGACGAUACUACCCUCGGGCUGGGGCAGUGAUGUAAGCGUACAAAAUUACGAACCCAUGCGCGGUGGCUUCUGACUGGCCGUUCCGUUAGCUCUGCUUGGCUUGUUUGUACAAUUGCAUCCUUCAGUGCUUGUUUGUUGAAAGACAUGUCCUUUCAACAGGCGGUGGUACUGAAGAGAUGUCGCGCCCGUGCUCAUUGUGUGUAGUGUGUCACUGUUCUAUGAUUCUAUUGUUUUGUCCCAGGUGAAACUGUCGUACACUGUCCAAACGGAGUGGUGUGAUUCGGUAGUGAACGCGUUACCCGAGCCUAUCAUCUGAUCUCCAUCCUAGCAAAAAGCCAUCGGCAAACUCGUGUGUGUUUUGGUUCUUCGAGAUUCGUAUUCAAUUAGUGCCGAUAAAAUCUUGUUUGUGGUUGGGGAUUAUGGAGAGGAUGAAAGGCUAGUGAGCUCGCUUUGCACUAUGAUGCUAAUGAUAUCUCAGGCUUUGUUCAAACGAUGCAAUACCCGUUGACCGUUGAAAACCGCUUUCAUCAAGUGUCGCUGUAUUGUUGGGAGGCUCCGCUGUACCUUUGUGGCAUUAUGUUGGUGGGGCUGCCCCGCUUCUUGGUUGAUUCCGCUGCUGAAAAAAAAAACAGUGCCUUAUGGUGAGCGCGGGACUUGCGGCUGUUCUGUGCAGUGAUUCUUGCAGAGGACUGAAUGUACUUUCUUGCGGCUAUCGUCGUAUUGUAACGGGGAUUUGUUCACGUGCUCAGUCAUGAUACAGUUUUUGCAUUUA